GAAGAUGUCGACUACAAAAAGUGCGAACAAUGCGAACAAAUCUUCGGAUGUCGAAAUAAUUCACUCUACUUUAUUGGAUGCUGCAUUACCAUCGACUAUUGAAGAUCUUAAAAAUCCAAAGGAAGAUUAUGUCGUGAACUUGUUAACAACAUUCUUAACACGUUUCGGCAUCAAUAUGAGCUUGAUUGAUCAGCCAAUUCCAGAACAGCUUGGAGCCAUGACAUGUUUUGAAGAUUCUGAUGUUAUAAAUCUUAUAAAUUUAUAUGUAGUUGUGGCACAGAUAUUCGAUAAGAUAUUUUUACAUGAUUUUUGUCUUACCGAUAUUACUAGUCCAGGACAAAAGCGACUGAGAAAGCAAGCAAAAUUUUUAUCUAACUUUGUAUUGUAUGCAAUGCAUAAGAAGUCAGAAUAUAAUGACAGAAUGGAUCAAAUUCAGACUAUAUCUAAACUACUAGAAGAUCUGAAAGAAAGAAAGACUCAUGUUUCAGAAUCUAUUAAUGCUAAAGUUAUACAUAAAGCAAACCAAUUAUCCAUGAAAGAAAAGUUAGAAGAUGACAUAAAAUAUAUGCAGUCAAUAAUAGAGAAACUCAAUAAAAAGGAAAUGGAACUUGAAAUAAUGAAAAGCGAUGUUGAUAAAGAAAAUCAGAAAGCUAAGGAACUUCGUGGUUCUGUUAAGACGGCAGCGGGAAAGCUGUUCAAGAUGAUAACUGAAAUACAGUCAGAAGUUGUACAUUCACCAAAAGAGUAUCAGUCCCGUUUAGAUGAAAUCGAGAAGCAACAUAAGUUAAAAGAAGAAGAACGCAGUACAAUGCAAGAAGCUAUUCAAGAAAAGAAACAAUCUAUAAAACAAAUUGGAGAAAAGCUAAAUUUUGUCCAAAAAAUAAGUGACGACUUUUGUAUAUUAGCAGAUACAUAUAAAGAGCUAAAGGCCAAGAAUACAAAAAUAAAUAAUAUUAUAAAGGAAAUUGAUUCAUUGAAUAAUGUAUGGAGCGAAUCAAAAACUAAAUUAGCAAUGCACAAAGAUAAAGUGGAUACUGAAAAGAACGAAUUACAAACAUAUAAUGAGGAAGAUAUGAUUUCAGUAUGCAAUUUAUAUAGUGAAUUAUUGAGUGAAAAAAAGAUACAGAAAACUAAAUUAGAUAAAGCUCAAGAUUGUUUGAAUGAAAAAAGUUUGGAAAAGAAUAAAUUACAAGUAGACAUUAAAAAAAUAGAGGAAGAAACUAGGGCUUUUGUGAACAGUUGUCAAGAGAAUUAUGAUAAAGAAAUUGCUAAUGAAUUUGAAUUAUGGGAAGCUUGGAAAGAAGAAUUAUAGAAUCAAUCUAUAUUGUUUUUGCUUUUGCUUUCGAUUACAAUGUAGAGACAUAUAUCAAUAUAUUAGAGUA